CAUAACUAUAUAAAGUCCCGCUCCAUUUUUCUGACCGUACGAUAAAAUUUAAAUUCCAGGCGCAUCUCCUCCUCCUGUAUUCCCUGCCUGUAAGUGAAAUGAAAUAAGGAGAUGAAUACUCUGCCUCCCCUCACAGGCUUUGGUGGACAUCAAUACUCACUCCUCGGCUGUCAUGGUCGCUCUGCCAAUGCAAAUUCGCACAUCACAGCCGCUGUUAGACGACACAAAAGGCAACGCCAUCGGCAAGGAGAAUUCCCCGUUCCGGGUCGACCCCCAUCCCAGUCAGAUGACAGAAUAGAAAUUAUUACAUUUGACAUGAAAAGAAUGAGGGAGGGAGCAACAGAGGCAGUGAAAAAAGCGGAGAAAACUUCAGGAGCCGCUGUUUCAAGACUCAAGGGGUCAGUAUCGGAAUUCUGGAAAGAUUUGCGAAAAACCGUAAUCGUAAGUGAUCAAGGUUUUGCAAUUGUUGUGCGCUACUCCACUAUCCAAUUCUUUGCCGGUGCUCUGCUUUGUUCAGUGUUUGCUGCCGUGUUUUACAAAUUUAUUAGGGCACGGAUUUGGGAAUGGAGAGCCGACGGGUCUUGGGUAUUGCGAAGAGAUAGGAGCCUCGCUGGAAAGGAAGUUGUGGUGAGCAGACGCCGCUCGGGGCCUGGGGUAAGCUCUGCUUCUUAUGGUAAAGGGUUGAGUCCUUUGGCGACCAGCGAUUGGGAGUCACGCAGCGAAAAGGAGCUGCUGAGGCACAGAGAGAAGCGUGGGAGUGUGAGGAAGGAAGCCUCAGUGCCCCGUUUGCCAAGCUGGUGGCCACCUCCAGACAUACGGCCAGCCACAUCGUCCCAGGACUCUGCGUUUGGUCAACUCCGCGCUAAUGCCCUUCGCAAAGCGAUUGAGAAUGGCCGGAUGAGUGGAAGAGAUUUUUCAGAAGAGGAGUUUUUACAACUUCGUCAAAUAUGCAAAACUUCAGGUGUGACAGUGUCCUUUCAAACUGUUAAUGUGCGGGAUUCCUUGUAUCGAGCUGCUAUUGACUUUGUUCUUACUACAUGUAGCAGUUCACCGCAUGGUUCAUCAUCGCCUCAAAUUGGUGGUGAGGAGGCAGCUCGAUUUCUAUCAGGCCUUGCAGAAAAUAUAGGCAUCAAAGCAGAUCGUGCUGCCAUUAUGGUUAAUGCUGCUGUAGCAUCACGGACGCGUUCCUCUUUUUUGCAGGCUUGGGCUUUGAUAAUGCAAGGAAAUUAUUUUGAGGCUCAUGUGGUCCUCCGAAAGAUCUCCCAAAUACAUUCGACAUUUCCUCCUGAAACAAACUCUCCUGAGAUAGAAAUGGUGGCUGAAGGCCUUAAGAAUCAUAUAAAUCUGGAGGAAAGGAAGCAGUUACUGAACAUGUUCACUGAAGUUUGUGGUUCUUCCAAUCAGAGGGUUGCAGUUGAAGCCCUUGGUUUGGUUUCAACAUGGGAAGGAACUAACAACAAAUUCUCAAGAUGAUUGUGUAGAGUCAUUGAUGGAGAAAGAUUGUAUUUCCUUCUUAUCAAGAUUGUAUUCAUAGAGAAAGGUUGUAUGAGGCCAACCUCAUCAUCAUCUUGGCCAGGAGACAUGCUUGCCAAGAUCUGUAACUUAUACAAUGAUGGUUUACAUGUUUCUUGAUGGAUUUUAAGUACAAGGCUUAGGAGAUUGUUCAUUGGAGAAUCUAUAUUUAAAGGCAAACAACAAGGGAGUUUUAAAUCUUCUGAGUUUCCUGCUCUUGUUUAGACACAUUUAUUAAAUUAGUCGCUAUGGCUUCUUUGGCAGCAUGGCUCAGUCAUCCUGAUCCUUAAGGCAGUCCGAUAUCAUUUCAAUAUCAGACUGUAUAUUUUUUGGGUAUGUAAACAGAUAUUGGACAUCAUGUGUUUUAAUGAAUAAAUCUAAUGAAAAUUAAUCACCGUUUCAUUUGA